AUGAUGGGUGCGGCCUCGCCUUCUUUAGACGAAGACACCGUCAUCUUCAUACCGAACAACUACCUAUUUCGUAGUGGGAUGAAGAUGACGGAUCAAGGCUUCUGCCUUUAUGAGAACUCGGGCCCUGAAAACUGCGAAAGCGCCGAAGAAGAGAAGAAGAAGAAGGAAUUAUCCUUGCGAAAUUCUUCCCACUGUGGCGCGUACUUACCAAGGCAAAUAUCCCUAGUCCGGCACAUUGGCGACAAAAACGGCUGGCACAGGGUGAAGAUCUGCUCUGUACACUUCACAAAACAUGGACACUAUGUCAUAUAUACUAUACAAUGGGUAUCUGUCCACGUGGAAACUUUCGGUUUCGGUUUCCCCAGUCUAGAAGAGGCUCCUUUGGCUCCCACCAUUCUGGAGAAGCCUGGGACGAACCUACCUUCACAAGCGCCCAAGUUAGCUAAGACAAAACACGCAACAAACUUACUGGCUCUUGAUACGCCAACGACACGGCGAAUGAAACCGACUAUGCGAACGACACCACUAACGAGACCGACAACACGAAUGUCGCUCCACUUUCUCGCACCGACACUGCUAACAAAAGCGAUGCAGAUGACACCGCUAGCGAGUCCGACGAUGCAAAUGUCACUCCACCUCGUCGCCCUACCACACCGUGCCGCGUCGACGAUGACGACACCGAACUCGACGAGGAUCAACCUGGCGGAUCGCAACACCGGUGGCGGCCACAGAACGAUAACCUUCUUCUUCUCCGGUGCCGGGUCGCCCUUCUCUCUACCAGAGAGAGCUGGCCGUCCCCUCUUUGCUGAACGUCGAGAUUUCACGGCAAUCAACGACCUCGACCCUAACGUGCACGACUUCGCCAAUGCGUCUAAAACCUUAUACUAUGAUGGAAUCUAUCAUCCUUAUCUAUCUUUCUAGGACAAUUUCUUGGGUGAUUGCAG